AUGUCGUCAACCUGGACCCACACCUUCAACACUCCCGUCUUCAAGGGCACCGUCGAGGUCCCCACCGGCCUCUUCAUCAACGGCAAGUUCGUGGACGGCUCCACCAAACAGGCCAUCGAUGUCAUCAACCCUUCUACCGGCCAGCUGAUCACAAAAAUCAGCGUGGGUACCCUCGACGACGUGAACACCGCCGUCAAGGCGGCCCAGCACGCCUUUGAAACUACGUACGGACUCGCCAUGCGCGGCAGCGACCGCGGCCUCCUCCUCGGCAAGCUCGCACAGCUCAUCGAGGACAACACCGACGCCAUCGCCUGCGUCGAGGCCCUCGACAACGGCAAGACCUUCCCCUUCGCAAAGGGAGACGUCCAGGCCGUCGUCGCCUGCUUCCGCUACUACGCCGGCUGGGCCGACAAGAUCCAGGGCAAGACCAUCGAGACCUCCGAGGCCCAGCUCGUCUACACCCGCCACGAGCCCAUUGGCGUCGUCGGACAGAUCAUCCCCUGGAACUUCCCCAUCCUCAUGCUCGCGUGGAAGCUCGGCCCAGCGCUCGCGACGGGUAACACCGUCGUCUUGAAGCCCUCCGAGUUCACGCCGCUCUCCGCGCUCUUCGUCGCGAAGUACAUCCAGGAGGCCGGCUUCCCCCCCGGUGUCGUCAACAUCGUCAACGGCUACGGCAACGUCGUCGGCCAGUCCAUCGCCGAGCACAUGGACAUCGAGAAGAUCGCGUUCACGGGCAGCACGCUCGUCGGGCGGAAGAUCAUGGAGGCGGCGGCGAAGUCGAACCUCAAGAACGUCACGCUCGAGCUCGGCGGCAAGAGCCCGAACGUCAUCUUCGACGACUGCAACCUCGACGACGCCGUCAAGUGGGCCGCGUUCGGCAUUUUCUUCAACCACGGCCAGGUGUGCUGCGCGGGCUCGCGGAUCUUCGUGCACGAGAAGAUCUACGACGAGUUCCUGCACCGGUUCACGGAGUACACGCGGAACGUCAAGGUCGGUGACCCGUUCGACCCGGACAACUUCCAGGGCCCGCAGGUGUCCCAGGUGCAGUACGAGCGGAUCAUGGGCUACAUCAAGACCGGGCAGGAGGAGGGCGCGACGCUGCACCACGGCGGCGAGCGGAUCGGGUCGGAGGGGUACUUCAUCCAGCCGACGAUCUUCACGGACGUGAAGCCGCACAUGCGGAUCGUGCGCGAGGAGAUCUUCGGGCCCGUGGGCGUCGUGGCGAAGUUCCGGGACGAGGACGACAUCAUCGCGCAGGCGAACGACACGCUGUACGGGCUCGCCGCGGCGGUGUUCACGCGCGACAUCGUGAAGGCGGUGCGCACGGCGAACCGGCUCAAGGCGGGCACGGUGUGGGUGAACUGCGUGAACCACCUCCAUACGGCGGUGCCGUUCGGUGGGUACAAGCAGAGCGGGAUCGGCAGGGAGCUUGGCGAGUACGCGUUGGCGAACUACACGCACGUCAAGGCCGUCCAGAUCAACGUCGAUAUGCAGUUGUAA